UUUGUAUAAUUUCUGUAUUCCUGCAUAAAUAAAUUUUAUUGUGGCUACAAGUCUGUUUCGUUGUUCACUAACAACACCAGAACCUGCCUCGGUCACAUUUGGCGCUGCGAGCAGGAUACAAAAAAAAGAAAUCGAAAAAAGUCAGCAAUUUUAUAAAAAGGGUGGUUGCAAUAAUAGCACAAGGAUCAAAUCACCAUGACUACAGAGGAGCUAUCAACAAAAGUGGAUGAAUUGACCCAGAUGUACAAGGAGGCAAUGGAAGAACUAAAAGCCCUGAAGGAAUCCACCAAUCCGACUCAAGUGUCAUCCUCAGUACCAGCAACAACAAAUGGUGCAAAGCAAAUUGUUGUCUUUCCCCGCGACAAGAAGAUAAAGAACUUCACUGGGAAGAAAACAGAAGGUGACCAACCAGUUGAAGACUUUAUAGAAGAACUGAAGACAACAUUUGAGGCACGAGAAAUGACCCCACCCGAGAAAGUGGACUUCAUAAUGUCUCACCUGGAUGGACCAGCAAAAGAAGAGGUACGAAUGUACAGCGAAAAGGAGCGAAGUAACCCAAGCUUCCUUCUGGAUGUUCUCGCACGAGCAUUUGGAGAGAAACGUUCCAGCUCUCAACUCCUGAAGAUGUUCUACGAGCGUAAGCAGAAAGAAAAUGAAACACUUCGAGGGUACUCGUACAGCUUGAAUGAACUACUCAAGCGCGUCACCAAAGCAGAUCCAAAGGCAGUCCCUGACCCAGAGAAGACUCUACGGGACCAAUUUGCAGACAAUGUAAGGGACCCCUUUCUUAGAAAGGAACUGAAGAAGUUCAUCCGAGAGCAUCAGCCCGCAUUCUUAGAUUUAAGGGAGGAAGCCUUACGCUGGUCAGAAGAGGAGGAAAGACCACAGCGUGCAAGGCCCCCAUUAUCACAGGAAGUAGCAGCUGACAUCCCAGAUGAGAGUUCUCAGUGUAGUGCUGCUAGCUCCGUCGUCACCCCCAUGGAUAAGGUAUUGGAGGUCCUGCUCAAGCAGCAGAAGUCCUUAGAAGAACUGACGAGUUCAAUUAGAGACCUCAAGCAGCCAAGGACCCAAAUCCCGCCCAAGGAAUGGAGUAGACAGCGCCCUAAUAUUGUUUGCUUCAAAUGCAACAAGAAUGGACACAUUGCCAGGAACUGCAGGGUAAAUGAUGACCGCCUUGUCAGGAAGGGACCACCACAAGGUAGACAGCGCCCUGACAAGCCGUCAAACUAACUCCCUCUGCCACAAGGAGCCAAGUG